GCCGAGGCUUCUAUCGAGUCGGAUCCCAAUCCCCAGAUUGCGGUUCCGCAAGAUGAGCGAAGAAGACGAAGUGCGCUCCCGCGCCAUGCGCGUCAAGCAGCUUACGAUGCAAAAGAAGUUCGUGGAUGCAGUCGUCUUGUCCUUAGAAAACCCUCCCGUGUCGUCGACUUCGGACAAUGUAAAGCUGGCGAAUGCCCAAACUGUCUUUGCGGCGCUGCAGGCGUGCUCAAAGGCAGACGUCGCCAACGUCGUGCAAGCAUUGACCCCGGACCUUGAAGAUGUGCUGAUGAAAUACCUAUAUCGAGGGCUGUCUGUUCCGCAGAACAACGCGUCGUUGCUGGAAUGGCAUGGCCACUUGGUCGCCAAAGCGGGCAAUGGAUGCAUCGUACGAGCGCUGACAGACCGGAAACUUGUGUAAGCUGACAGGAUGAUGCAUCCUAAUGACAUCUUGGUUGUGUGGUUGUGUCUCGAAUGAACUUGC